UUUUUUUUUUGGUUUCCAAGUUUGCUUUUUCAGUUCGUUCAGUCCAAAGUCACGAGCAACAAAUGGAGGUCGACGAGCUUGAGCGUCGUCGUGCCGAGCGCAACGAAAAGCGGCGGCAGCUCGAAGAGCAGCUUGCUCAAGAGGAAGCCGAGCGUGUCGCAGCCAAGGCCAAGCGCCAGGCCGAGCGCGAGGCUCGAAUGGCAAGGCUUGCCGAGGAAGAAGCUCAACAGGAAAAGGAGCGAAAGGCGCGGAUGGAGGAGCGCAAAGCCAAGCGCGAGCAGUCGUCCGACAAUCUGCUGGCUGCUGCUCCAACCUCGUCAUCUGCACCUGCGGUUUCGGCCGUGCCAGAGCGUGCCGUGUCAGCUGCUGUAUCUGCACCCGAUUCUCCAGCCAUCUCGGAUACCGAGGAGCGCCGCAAGGCCCGCGAAGAACGUCUCAAGAAGGCAGAGGAAGACCAAGCCCGCGAAGAGGCUGAGCGUCAAGAACGCCGGCGCGAGCGGCAGCGUGCGAAUGACGAGCGCCGAAUCAAGGAGGAGGAAGAUCUCCGAGCCCUUGAGCAGCAGCGCACGUUGCGUCGCGAAGCUUCCUCCCAAGCCAUUGACUCGUCGGCAACGGUCGUUUCACCGUCUUCAACGCCAGCGCGACGAGCUUCCACCGACACCGAGGCCACUGGUGGCCUCCACCGCAAGACGUCGCUCAAGAAAUCUGGCUCGGAGCACGGUCUGGGUCCCAAACGCAAGGUCUCCUUCUCGUCGGAGGACUUGACUGUCAUUGUUGGCGCCUCCGAAAACAGCCCACCAGCUCCAGUCGACGAGGCAAGCGCCGCUGCAGAGCUCGAUGAGCAACAACUUGCAGUGGCUCGUGAGCGCAUUCUCCAAGAAGAGAGCAAGGCCGGCCUGGAACUCAGGCGCAAGGCCGACGCCGAGCAACUCGCUGAGGCCGAGAAGAAGGCUGCCGAGAAGGCCGAGCGCGAACGCCAAGAAAAGGAAGAAGAAGCAGAACGCGAGCGUCAGCGGGAGACUCGCCGCAAGGAACGCGAGGCUCGUGAAGCUGCUGCUAAGCAACAGGAGGAGGAAGCCGAGCAGAAGCGCAAGGACGAGCGUGCUCGCAAGGCCCGUGAGGCCGAGGAAGCAGCAGCUGCCGAAGCUGAAGCCGUGCAAAAACGCAAGGAUGAGCGUGCUCGCAAGGCCAAACAAGCAGAAGAAGCCGCGGCUGCUGCAGUUGCCGAAAAGGAAGCCCAAGCUCAGGCAGAUCGCGCUCUCAAGGCCAAGGAGGCAUCGACUGCGCAGGACGACACCCCUGCCAAGCGUCCGUCUGCAACAAAAGUCAAGAUCGCGGAAGCUGACAUUGACGAUGAAGAAAUGUGGCGACUUGCGGAACAGGAACUGAUGGCUGGUGGCGCAGCGACUGCUGCUGCGAUUGAGGAUCUCACCAGCACCACCACCACCACCACCACGACCUCGCGUGCCCCGCCGUCUCAGCCGACCAGCGCUCCCGCUGCGAUCGCGUCGAAAAAGAAAGUCACCCUCUCAUCAGAAGACGAGGAGACAACCAAAGCGCCUCGUCCGAGCCUUACCGUCACUGAAGACGCCUCCGAGACAAAGGCGACUUUGAGCAACGAUGGCGCGUCGCUUGAUUUCGGCGAUCUGGCUCUUGCUUCUGAUAGCAAAAAGCUCACUCACUUGACGCUGGGCCGUGCCGCAAUUCGACCAAACCGCUCCAAUCGCCAUUCCAUCAACCCCGUUCGCACGCUCCAAGCAAGAACCGAUGUGCAGGACUUGUUUGACGUUGCUGGCCAUAACACCGAACCAGCCUCGAAGACCGAAGCCGAGGACGACGACAACGUGCCCCGUGCGCUCAAAAAGACGACGACAUCUUCUGCUAGCCCUGCGGCUGCUCUGGCUGCUGCUAUGACCGGCGGCGCUAGUGCGGAGGGUGGCAUUCGCGGUCGCGCAGGCCUCCGCCCUUCUACGAUUGCCCUUGGAUCGACACAGUCGAUGGAGCUGCAGAUCAAACUGCGCGAACAAGAGGAGGCCAACGCCUCUUCAACAUCGACCCCGCCAAAGACCUUCAAGCCCCCAGUUGGCGCUAAAGGUGCUGCUGGCUUGCUGGCCCAAGUUGGUCUGCCUGGUAGCGGUGGCUUCCCUACAUUGAAGAAGACGGGACUGAAUGUCAACCAGAGCGUUGGAUCCCCAGCUCCCAGCAGCCCGUCGUCCGGCCCAAGCUCACCAUUUGGCGCGUUUGAGCGUCCACGGUCUGGCAGCGCGUCUGGCUCUGUGGGCCUCGUUGGUCUCAAGCGUGACAAGGCACUCUACGUGCUCAAGGGCAAGCGUCGCUUCCGCAUGAUUCGUGUCGAGCCCAACAUCCACCAGCUCACGCAUGCCGAGGUGGCCAUUCUCGAUGGCGGUGCCGGUGAAGUAUUCUUGUGGAAUGGGCGCGACGCUUCCAAACUCGUGCGCGCAAAGGGAUUCGAGGCUGCCGUGCGUGUCAAGGACAAGGAUUGCGGCGGGAAGGUCAACAUUGUGACGUUGGACGAUCAGGAUGACUCUGACACGCGCACGCGCGGGAGCAGCGACUUUUGGGCUGCCCUUGGCGUUCCCAGCGACAUGAUCGUGGAUCAGAAGGCAAAGAUGCUCGCCGCACCCAUCGUUGCUGGUGCCGAUGACGACUCUGCAUACGACGCCAUCUUGGACAAGCAGAUUGUCCUUUACCGCGUGAAUACCGACGACAACGCCACGUCGUGCGAACUCGAGGUCGUGAAUGAGAAUGGCGCUCCUUUGGGCGUGGAGAUGCUCGACAGUGAGAGCUGCUUCAUUCUGGAUUCCGGCAGUGAGCUGUAUCUCUGGAAGGGUCGCAAGGGAUCCGAGGCUGUCCGUGACAUUGGGCUCAAGCACGCCGAGCAGGUCUUGCUGCCGCAACCCGCGCCUGGUGGGUCCAAGCGACCCGCGUGGACCAAGGCACUGCUGGUCAAGGAGAACACAGAGCACACGUCAUUCAAGGACAAGUUCCACAACUGGGCGGAAGGCAUGUCCAUUGCCCCGCGCCAGCAGACCAACAUCAAGCGCAAGGACAAGACGGCAUACAUUACCGGCGCUGAUGUCCGCAAGGUCUCCAAGGUUGACAUUCCCGCUCUCAUGGAGCAAGAGCCACGCAUCCCGAAUUGGGAUUGGCUCAUCAACAAGGACAAUGGCACUGGUGAGGUGAAAAUCUGGCACGUGACUGACAAGACGCGCGACGAGCUGCCCGAGUCUGAACAUGGCCAUUUCUUCUCCAACGAAUCGUACGUCGUCUUGUACAAGAUUGCCGAAAAGGUCGACCUGUACAUUCUGUAUCUCUGGCAAGGCCGCGACUGCUCGCCCCUCGACAAGGGCGCCUCCGCCAUGUAUGCGAUUGAAGUUGACCGGCAAUACGGUGCUCCGCAAGUGAUGAUUCCUCAGGGCAAGGAGCACGACCAUUUUGUCAGCGUUUUCAACGCGCGGCCAAACCGAAUGGUUGUCCACCAUGGCCCCCGGUCUGUCAACCACAUUCUUUUGCCGAGCGGCUCUCGCGAAAAGCAGCCCGGCGUGCAUGUGCGCUCUUACAGGGCCCUGUAUCAGGUGCGAGGCCUGAACCGCGCGCUGGCGCGUUCCGUUCAGUUUGCCUCUCCAAGCACCGCCUUUUUGGCCUCAAACUCGUGCUUUGUCUUUGUUCACGGAGAGUCAUCCUCAGUCUUUGUCUGGCGCGGCAAGGGCUCGGCAAAGUUUGAGCAGUCGUUGGCAGAGACCGUUGCCGAGUCCAUGGUGGCAGGUGCCAAGGGACACGCCAAGCUCGCCGUCGUUAAGGUCGACGAAGGAAGCGAGCCCGCAGAGUUUGAGCUCAAGUCGUACGCCAACGCGUCCCAUCUCAAGCGUUGCCCCGAGUCAAACCACCAUCUUCGAGCUUGGUUGCUCUCUCGCAAUCACGCUUCAGGCGUCAUUGCGCUCGAGCUCGACAAGCUCACCCAAGAGGAUCUCUUGGCCGACGCCGUCAUCCUUGUUGAUGGACUGCAUGAGCUGUACGCUUGGUGCGGCGCCGGUGUCCACAUUGACGAUGUGCUUCUGGGUGUCAACGCGCUGCGCGACUACCGCGAUUUCACUCUUUCGCCAAAGGACCCGAGAGCGACAGACCGGCGCAAAUCGUCCGAGGCUUACGUUGUCUUUGGCGGACAUGAGCCUGCAGCCUUCAAAGCUCUGUUCUAUGGAUGGGACGACAGCGUCUCUGCCAAGCUCAACAAGGACGUUACGCCUCGCCACUCGCUGAGCGCUGAAGUGGCGUCGCUCGAGACCAUGUUGCAGCUCUUCACCAAGAAAAUCUACCCGAUUGCCCAGCUGAAGGUUCCCGCCGAAAAGCUCCCUCCUGGUGUCGAUCCUCGUUGCUUGGAGGAGUACAUUUCCGAUGCCGAUUUUGAGGACUUGUAUCAGAUGAAGCGCGAGGCCUUUUUGUCAAACCCCGAGUGGAAGAAGGUUGAGCUUCGCAAGAAGAGUGGGCUAUUCUAAUGCCAUUUUUGUUCCAAUCGAAUAUACAAAUUUGAAUCUCGAA